CUUAAGAGCCAACAUGUCUCCCAAAUACUUGUCACUGUGUCUGCUAGUAGUACUUGGAUUUGUGCUUCUAGCUACCACUUCUCUUGCCGAUGGCCAUUAUGACCAUGACCAUCAUGACCAUCACGACCAUGACCAUCAUGACCAUGAUCAUCAUGGCUACGAGCCUCCCUAUAAGAAGUAUCCUCCAUCUAUGGAGGAAUCCAAAAAGGAAACUUCAAAAGUGGGUUAUACUCCCCUCGAUCAUCAUGGAGGGGGGCAUGGGGGGCAUGGGGGGCAUCAUCCUCCAUCCAUGGAGGAAUCCAAGAAGGAAACUUCAAAAGUGGGUUAUACUCCCCUCGAUCAUCAUGGAGGGGGGCAUCGCCCUCCGCAUCAUCCUCCAUCCAUGGAGGAAUCCAAGAAGGAAUCUUCAAAAGUGAGUUAUACUCCCCUCGAUCAUCAUGGAGGGGGGCAUGGAGGGCAUGGCUACAACCCUCCGCAUCAUAAGUAUCCUCCAUCCAAAAAUUAAGUGCACAUAAAGCUACCACUCUUGAUGAAAUAAGCUUUGAAGACUUUGAAAUAAAAGCAUUUUAUGCUAUCCUGUAAUAUCAAUAGUGAAAUUUGGCUUGUUUAAAGAAUAAAUAUGGCAUGUAUGCAAUCAUAUUUUCUAUUUUCUUCCAGUUAUGUAAACU